AUGCCGCCUGGUAACGACAUCGACUACGGCGAGAAGGGCAAGCUUGGCUUGUCAGACAAGAGAGUAGCUAUCCUUGAGGAUAGAGGAAAUGGCGACUAUCUUGACGACAAAAGCCAUCUCUAUACUGGGGAACCUGAGUCGAGCGAUAUCCAGAGUUGGAUCCAACAGAAAGGCACGCCAUGCGACAAAAUACGUGACGAGCUGGGAGGAGCAGAAGUUCAUCUUAAUGGGGUGAACUCUGUUAAUUUUUUCAUUCCGCGAUGUACGGCAUACCGAAUAAUGACGCUGCCUAAGGUUCGAGCCGUCAUCAAAGAGAUUCUACCGGAGAAGACGGAGCCGGACUGUAACACACUCGCGAGGAGCGUGGUCUUUGGCGCUGCCGGGGACGGUCGUGGCAGAGCCGUCAUUGUAUUGGCAGCUCUCAUUCUCAAAGGCAGGGAGUCCUACCUUCAGUCGGUUCUCGAUGACGGAAUAUCGGACGACUGUUUACCGAUGAAGCUUCACCCAGACCCAGACCAGAGGAAGACGGCCAUCUGCGAAGAACAUACCCACAUGUUUGAUAACGUCCACCUCUGCCGAGACCUCUGUCAAGCAUCGCGAUUCCUUCUAGCACCUUAUUUUAAAGGGAUCGGAGGCAAACAUAGGCAUCUGAAACUGACCGACAAGGAUGUCCUUCCCUUUCACUCUCGACGGCCGGUCAACUCUCGACAGCCGGUCAACUCAACGUCGAGCAACGGUCUCCACGAUGGGAACGGUGGAUUUGGUGUGGUCGAGGUGGUCGAGAUUGACAAAGACCACGUAAACUUCAAGGAACUCGGUAUCCCAGCGGACAUGACGAAAUUCGCUCUCAAAAGGUUGAAUGAGCCUGACGGGAUCGAAGCAUUCAACUUAGAACUAGCAUCAUUGUUACCAUUCCGGUCUAACGCCGGAUGGAGCUUGAUUCAAGUGCUAGCGACUUUCGAGAUAUUGGAGAACGGAGCAAGAUAUUAUUAUUUCCUAUUCCCCUACGCGGAUGGGACCCUAUGGGACUUUUUCAAACGCUUCGAUGAACCGAGCAAACCGCCCAGCCAUACCGAACGGAUGAUGUAUGACUGCCAUGCUCUCGCCGAGGCCCUGACGUUAAUUCACAACUCGCGCUUAAAGCAGGUUGGCGGGAUACCCGGUAUCGCGGACGGAGAAGAAAACGAGCUCUAUGGCCGACAUGGCGACAUCAAAGCAGACAACAUCCUCUAUUUCUACGCAGAGAAUAGCUCCCGGCUUGUCAUAACCGAUUUUGGCCUAGGGCGACUUCAUACAGGCAUUUCUAGAUCACGUCAGAACCCGAGGAAUCUCGACUUUAGUUCCACGUAUCGAGCUCCGGAGUUCGAUGUCACAGACGGAAAGAUUGGUCGGAAGGCGGAUGUCUAUAGCCUCGGUUGCGUUUUCCUUGAGAUGGUGACAUGGGAUCUCAAAGGCUUCACGGCGGCGAGGGACCUCUUUGCAAAGGCGAGGGCGACGCCCAACGAAAUACUGAAAGGCUUUGUGGAGGAUACCUUCUUUACUUGUACGAAGACCAGUGGCGAACGGGUGGUAGCCAAGAGGAAGCCAGAAGUCGACAACUGGAUCAAAGAUCUUCGCACUCAUCCGAAAGCGAGUCGGUGUUCUAACGAGUUUCUGGAUUUGAUCGAGAAGAUGCUGGAGCCCGAACCUCGUGGAGAAUAA